AUGCCUCCUCGACACCAAACGCUCCCACCUGCACAAACAUCCUCGGCCCGCGAGGCCCUGCAGUCCUUCUACUGUCAACUAUGCAGCAAAGGCUACAGUCGCAUGAACGAUUACGAGGCCCACCUGUCUUCAUAUGACCACUCGCACAAGCAGCGCCUCAAGGACAUGAAGGCCAUGGUGCGCGACCCGACUGCCGCAGCGCGUGCGAGAAAAGCAGAGGCAAAAGCGGAUGGCGUCAUCAGCAUCAAGAUUGGCGGCGAAGACGGUGGCACCAGUGCCGGCGGGUUCAAGAAGGGUGGGUUCAAGAAGUCUGGCUUCAAGUCGGCCUUUGCGCCGGUCGACGCUGUACCACAACAGCAGCCUGUCACGGAGGAGCAGGGCGGCGGCAGUGGCGGAUGGAAGAAGGCAGAGGAUGGUGCCGUGGCGACCGUACCUGGACACGAGAGGUUGGACAGGAAGACCGAAGAUGGCGAGAGCGACACCGAGGACGAGGGCUACGAAGUCUACGACCCGCGGCACCCCACCGACUGA